GCAACCGUUAAUUCGUUUUUGUAUCCGUAUAUAACACUCAAAUCUCGGCAACUAGCGAGAUCUCGUCCCAAAGCGGAAGUAGGGAAAUUUUACUAAUUUCCUAAUUUCGAAAUGAUUUGGACAAUUUGUUGCUAUUAACUCUUGUCAGACAACAUGCCAUGAUUAUUUGAUUCCUGAUGUCGUAGAUUGACUUGCUGCAUCAUGCCGAUUACAAUGCAGCAAUUCGUACGUGGCCUCCGUAGCCGUAAUGAAGCUACUCGACAGAAGACUGCUAAAGACCUUAACCAUUAUGUGAGCACAGAGUUACGUGAGGUCUCCAUCGAAGACCUGACUUCAUUUAUGGAUGACUUCAAUCACCAGAUAUUUGAGAUGGUCUCAAGUCCUGAUGUCAAUGAGAGAAAAGGAGGAAUAAUGGCCAUAGUAAGUUUAAUUGGUGUGGAUGUAGGGAACUCUAACACUCGAAUUACUAGGUUCGCAAACUAUCUUCGUAACUUGCUUCCUUCCAAUGACACCGUUGUCAUGGAAAUGGCUUCAAAGGCUGUUGGUAAGCUUGCUCUGGCAUCUGGGACAUACACUGCUGAGUAUGUGGAGUUUGAAGUAAAGAGGGCGCUGGAGUGGCUCACAGGGGACCGCAACGAGGGACGAAGACAAGCUGCUGUUCUAGUGUUAAAGGAGCUCGCUGUAAAUACACCUACAUUUUUCUUUCAACAAGUUCAGCAGUUCUUUGAUUGUAUAUUCAAUGCUGUAAGAGACCCAAAACCCCUUAUAAGGGAAGGAGCAGUCGCAGCUCUGAGGGCUGCCCUAGUUGUGACAUCACAGAGAGAAACCAAGGAAUCGCAGAGACCCACGUGGUACAAGCAAUGUUACGAAGAGAUGCAGAAGGGCUUUGACGAGAAUCUGAUUCGAGAGAAACGAGUAAAUCGUGAAGAUUGGUCACAUGGUUCACUUCUAAUCAUCAAUGAGUUACUAAGAUGCAGCAACGUUGAUGGCGAGAAGUUGCGACAAGACAUGGAAGAAAUCUCUGUGCAGCAACACCAGCAUGAAAAAAGCCACAAGAAUGUGCACACAAAAUCAACGAAGCAUUUACUGCACAACUUGAAGCAGGUCCAACAACAACAUCCUUCUCCUUUGAUACCAGGAGGUAAUGCUGGUCUUGGGUCAACACUCAUCAGUUCCCACCAGAAGGCACUCUUCUACGAAAGCAGAACAUGUAAAAAGUUGAUGGAGGAUAAAUUCAGCGAGAUAUGUAAGCUUGUUCUCCGCCAUAGAAACACCAGAAACUCAUUUAUCCAGCAGUCUCUAUUAGCAGUAUUGCCCCGUCUUGCUGCCUUUCAACCACAGGUCUUUGUCAAAAGCUAUCUUGGUGAGACAAUGGCCUACCUACUUGGCUGCCUAAAGAGAGAGCGAGAGAGAUCAGUGGCCUUCCAGGCUAUUGGGCUAAUUGCUGUAUCGGUGCAUACUGACAUCAACAGACAUCUGCCAAAGAUUAUGGAGGUCAUCAAGGUGUCCUUACCAGCCAAGGAUAUGCCAACUAAACGUCAUAAAAGUUUUGUUGUUGACCCAGCAGUGUUUACAUGUAUCAGCAUGUUGGCCAAAGCAGUGGGGCCAGCCAUUACAGUGGAUGUGAAAGCACUGCUAGAACCCAUGUUAGCAGUGGGCCUUAGCCCUGCCCUUACUGCAGCACUAAGAGACCUUGCCACCCAGAUUCCUCAGCUGAAGAAGGACAUACAAGAUGGCCUGUUAAAGAUGCUCUCUCUAGUGCUUAUGGGAAGACCCCUCCGUCAUCCAGGGGCCCCCAAAGUGACCACGCCAGCUCUGCCUGCCUCCUCAUCAAGUGUUAAUCUUGCUGAGGCUCAAGAUGUCAUGGGAAUAACUUUAGCACUGAGAACACUUGGUAGUUUUGACUUUGAAGGGCAUUCUUUAACUCAGUUCGUAAGACAUUGUGCUGAACAUUUCCUCUCAAGUGAACACAAAGAUAUCAGACUGGAAGCAGUUAGGACAUGUUCAAGGUUAUUGAUGCCUUCAUUGGGAGUAAGGGUUCUCUCUAACCACCAGUCCAACAAUGUCAGUCUCAGUGCCCUCUCCACAGUAGCUGAUGUCUUGGGGAAGCUGCUUAUUGUAGGCAUCACUGAUGCAGAUCCUGAUAUUCGUUAUUGUGUACUGGCAUCUCUUGACGAAAGAUUUGAUGGACAUCUUGCACAGGCUGAGAACUUGAGCGCCCUCUUUGUUGCACUUAACGAUGAAGUGUUUGAGAUUCGGGAACUUGCUAUCUGUACCAUUGGUCGCCUUAGUAACCUUAACCCUGCGUAUGUGAUGCCAUCUUUGAGGAAAACAUUAAUACAGAUUCUGACGGAGUUAGAGCAUAGUGGAGUAGGUCGCAAUAAGGAACAGGCUGCUCGUAUGUUGGGUCAUCUUGUCUCAAACGCCCCUCGUCUUAUACGACCAUACAUGGAGCCAAUACUCAAGGUGCUGAUUCCAAAGCUGAAGGACACAAAAGACAACAACCCAGGUGUGGUCAACAGUGUGCUUGCUGCCAUUGGGGAACAGGCUCAAGUGAGUGGAGUUGAGAUGAAGAAAUGGAUGGAUGACCUUAUGCCAAUUAUACUAGACAUGCUACAAGACUCAUCCUCCAUGCAGAAAAGAGAGGUGGCUCUGUGGACACUCGGUCAGCUAGUAGAGAGCACAGGGUAUGUUGUGGAGCCAUACAAGAAGUACCCGACACUACUAGAGGUCUUACUCAACUUCCUCAAGACAGAACAAGCUGUUGGAAUAAGACGGGAGGCUAUUAGAGUGCUUGGUCUCCUAGGGGCAUUGGACCCAUAUAAACACAACAUUAACAAGGGCAUGAUCAACAAGGAAGAUGCAGGUGCUGUUCUCAGCAUGUCAGACCCUGGGAGUGGGGAAGGGGGAGAAACAGAAGAGUACAGCACCAGUGAGAUGUUGGUCAGCAUGGGCACUGCCACAUUGGAAGAGUUCUACCCAGCUAUUGCCAUAUCUACAUUAAUGAGGAUCAUCAGAGACCCCAGCCUCUCCCAGCACCACACCAUGGUUGUCCAGGCCAUCACUUUCAUCUUCAAGAGCCUCGGCAUUAAGUGUGUCACGUAUCUGCAACAAGUCAUGCCUGCCUAUCUUAAUGUUAUCAGAACGUCAGAUGCCAACUUCAGAGAGUUCCUGUUCCAACAGCUAGGGGUCAUCAUAAGCAUUGUGAAGCAUCAUGUUAGGAACUACCUUGAUGACAUCUUUGAGCUGAUUAAGGAUUACUGGACUCUGAACAGUCCAAUGCAGAACACUAUAAUCUUGUUAGUGGAGCAGAUAGUUGUUGCCUUGGGAACAGAAUUUAAGAUAUAUCUUCCCCAGAUUGUGCCACAGAUACUCCGAGUCUUCAUGCAUGACAACAGUCAUAUGCGCCUAGUUACUACAAAGCUUUUGAAUGCACUGCAGUUAUUUGGUGCAAACUUGGAUGACUAUCUUCAUCUUUUACUGCCACCUAUUGUCAAAUUAUUUGAUACUCCAGAUGUCCCUGUAUCAGUGCGAAAAUGUGCCUUAGAGACUAUAGAUCAUCUAACAGACAGUUUAGACCUGACAGACUUUGCAUCACGAAUCAUUCAUCCAAUAGUUAGAGUGCUUGAUAGUUGUCCUGAGCUACGUACUAGCGCUAUGGAUGCACUGUCCUCAUUGGUUGUUCAGAUGGGAAGGCGGUACCAGACAUUCAUUCCAAUGGUGAAUAAAGUUACGGCAAAACACCGCAUCGUACACCAGAAAUAUGAAAUAUUGCUGUGUAGAGUCAUCAAGGGUAGCACAAUAGCAGAGGAAGAUGAGCCGUUGUUACAUAAACAGAGAACCAGGAAACCACGUAUGGCUGAUGCAGGCCAGGACACACAAGAAAAUACAACAAUUAAGAAACUACAUGUCAGCUCUGCAAAUCUACAGAGGGCAUGGUUGGUGACACGACGUGUGUCCAAGGAUGACUGGACUGAAUGGUUGAAAAGACUGAGUAUUGAACUGUUGAAGGAGUCCCCUUCCCCAGCUCUACGAUCAUGUUGGGCACUUGCACAGACAUACAAUCCUCUAGCUAGGGACCUGUUCAAUGCUGCGUUUGUGUCAUGUUGGACAGAGCUGAGUGAACAUCAACAGGAUGAGUUGAUUACAAGUCUGGAGCAAGCCCUGACAUCACAGGACAUACCAGAGAUCACACAGACCCUGCUGAACUUGGCUGAGUUCAUGGAACAUUGUGAUAAGGGACCUCUACCAUUAGAUUCCCCUCUGCUAGGUGAACGUGCAAUGAAAUGUCGAGCUUAUGCAAAAGCCCUGCAUUACAAGGAAGAAGAGUUCCACAAAGGACCAACCACACAGAUUCUGGAGUCCCUAAUAAGUAUUAACAACAAGCUUCAGCAGCCAGAAGCCGCCACUGGAGUGCUAGAGUUUGCACAGAAGCACCACAGGACUGAUUUGAAGGUGCAAGAAACAUGGUAUGAGAAGUUACAUGAAUGGAGUGAUGCUCUCUCAGCCUAUGAGAGAAAACAAGAGAGUCACCCUGAUGAAAUCAAUCUCACCCUUGGUAGAAUGAGGUGCCUAGAAGCAUUGGGAGAGUGGGGCCAGCUGCAUGACCUAGCAUGUGAAAAGUGGCCACAAGUGAGUGAUGAUAUCCGCCAAAACAUGGCAAGAAUGGCGGCCAUGUCAGCGUGGGGUCUCGGCCAAUGGGAGAGCAUGGAGGAAUACACGUGCAUGAUUCCUAGAGAAACAAUGGAUGGGGCAUUCCACCGUGCAGUACUGGCAUUACAUAUGGAUCAGUUUGCCUUAGCCCAGCAGUGUAUUGACAAGGCUAGGGAUAUCCUUGACACUGAAUUGACCGCCAUGGCUGGGGAGAGUUAUAACAGAGCUUAUGGUGCAAUGGUAAAUGUCCAGAUGUUGUCUGAACUAGAGGAAGUCAUACAAUACAAACUGAUACCUGAACGCAGGGAUGCAAUCAAGCAAAUGUGGUGGGAUAGAUUACAGGGCUGUGAGAAAAUGGUUGAGGAUUGGCAGAGGAUUAUUCAGGUGCACUCUUUGGUGAUCACCCCCCAGGAAGAUAUGAGGACCUGGCUCAAGUACUCUAGUCUCUGUAGAAAGAGUGGAAGAUUGGCCCUGUCCCACAAUACUUUAGUGAUGUUGCUAGGCAUGGAUCCCCAACAGGAGCCAGACACACCCAUACCAACCACUAACCCUCACAUAACAUUUGCUUACACGAAGCACAUGUGGAAAAGUGGACAAAAGGCUGAGGCACUUACAAAACUGCAGUAUUUUGUGGAGAGUUCCCUUCAGCCACAAGUUAUGCAGCUACUUGGACCAGAAGAUGUGAAACAGAGGGAUGACCUUAACAAAGUCAUGGCAAGAUGUUAUUUAAAACUAGGAGAAUGGAGUGAAAACUUACAUGGUAUAAAGGAGAAUUCUGUUGGCCGUGUACUCAAAUACUACGCAGCAGCUACAGAGCAUGACAAAAACUGGUACAAAGCCUGGCAUUCCUGGGCCUGUAUGAAUUAUGAGGCUGUAUUGUUCUACAAACAACAGCAACAGAACCCAGCUGCCAGUGCUGCUAAUGCUGUGGAGCCAAAAGCAUCAAGCAGCUCUGCAAGUGAAUCACCUGAAAAUGUGAGCUCUAAGAUGCAUAAGUACAGCACGCCAGCCAUCCAGGGUUUCUUUCGCUCUAUUGCCCUCUCCAGUGGUAACUCGCUACAAGACACUCUGAGGUUGCUGACACUCUGGUUUGACUAUGGCCAGUGGCCUGAGGCUUAUGAAGCUCUUGUAGAGGGCCUCAAGACGAUCCACAUUGACAACUGGCUACAGGUGAUUCCACAGCUGAUUGCACGCAUUGACACUCCCCGUCAACUCGUAGGGCGUCUCAUCCAGCAGCUUCUCAUAGAUAUUGGCAAGACGCAUCCUCAGGCUUUGAUUUAUCCCUUAACUGUGGCAUCAAAGUCCAACUCUCCUGCAAGACAUGCUGCUGCCAACAAAGUUCUGAAGAACAUGUGUGAACACAGCAAUACUCUUGUACAACAAGCCAUGCUGGUCAGUGAAGAGUUGAUCAGAGUGGCCAUUUUGUGGCAUGAACUGUGGCAUGAAGGACUUGAAGAAGCAUCCAGAUUGUACUUUGGAGAACGUAACGUGAAGGGAAUGUUUGCCACAUUGGAGCCUUUGCAUCAGAUGAUGGAGAGAGGAUGCCAGACUCUAAAGGAAACUUCAUUUAAUCAGGCGUAUGGGCGUGACCUAAUGGAGGCCCAGGAGUGGUGUCGCAAGUACCAGCGUAGUGGAAAUGUAAAGGAGCUGACGCAAGCUUGGGAUCUCUAUUACCAUGUGUUCAGGAGGAUUUCAAAACAACUUCCACAGUUGACAUCUCUGGAGCUCCAGUAUGUCUCCCCCAAGUUGUUGGUAGCCAAGGACCUUGAGCUUGCAGUUCCAGGCACAUAUGAACCCAACAGCCCCAUAGUUCGCAUUGAUCAUGUACAGAGCUCAUUGCAAGUGAUCACAUCCAAGCAGAGACCAAGGAAGCUCAGUAUAUUUGGCAACAAUGGCCAGGAGUACCAGUUUCUACUGAAAGGUCACGAGGACCUGCGUCAAGAUGAGCGAGUAAUGCAGCUAUUUGGAUUGGUCAAUUCUUUACUGCUAAACAAUGCAGAGACAUUUAGGAGAAACCUCACGAUUCGUAGAUUCUCUGUAGUACCCCUAUCUACCAACUCUGGUCUGAUUGGCUGGAUGCCUCACUGUGACACGCUACAUUCACUGAUUCGUGACUACAGAGAGAAGAAAAAGAUUCUGCUGAACAUUGAGCACAGGAUCAUGUUGCGGAUGGCACCAGAUUAUGACCACCUGACAUUGAUGCAGAAAGUUGAAGUGUUUGAACAUGCCUUGGAGCAUACAAAUGGGGAUGACCUGUCCAAGAUACUUUGGUAUAAGAGUCCUAGCUCAGAGGUUUGGUUUGAUAGACGCACAAACUACACUCGAUCACUUGCUGUUAUGUCAAUGGUGGGAUAUGUCCUUGGUUUGGGUGAUAGACAUCCCUCAAACCUUAUGCUGGAUCGCCUCAGUGGGAAGAUCGCCCAUAUAGACUUUGGGGAUUGUUUUGAGGUUGCUAUGACGAGGGAGAAGUUCCCAGAAAAGAUUCCCUUUAGACUCACUCGAAUGCUUAUCAAUGCUAUGGAGGUCACUGGUAUCGAUGGCAACUACAGGAUGACAUGUGAAAGUGUCAUGGAAGUGAUGCGGGAACACAAGGACAGCGUCAUGGCUGUGUUGGAGGCAUUCAUAUACGACCCUCUUCUCAACUGGAGACUUAUGGACACUAACACAAAAGGCAAACGGUCACGUACCAAGUCGGGGGCUUCAUACUCUGAGAGCCAAGAACAGGGGGAUAUGUUGUCCAGUGUCGACAUGCACCAGGGAGCUCAUAGAAAACCACAUGCUGAGGAUGGCAAACUUGGAGCAGAAGGGGAACACCCUGAGGCCCUGAAUAAGAAGGCAAUACAGAUUGUAAACAGAGUGAGGGACAAGCUGACAGGACGUGACUUUCUCACUGAGACUGAAAGUGGCGCUUCAGUUGAUGUCCCAACACAAGUUGACUUACUGGUGAAGCAAGCAACUUCCCAUGAGAACCUCUGCCAGUGUUAUAUUGGAUGGUGCCCAUUUUGGUAAACAUGGAUGGAAUACUGGACUGUAAUGAACUGAAUAUAGUCAUUCAUGCAGGAUGUCGCAUAAAUGAGCCAGAGGAUAUUGAUGAAUAUUAUGUCUCUGGUUUAGAUAAUUUUAAUAGUAUUAAGGACUUGAAAAGUCACAGUUAAGUUGACAUCUGGUUGGUGUGGGAAGUAAAGGAUGUAUAUAUCAGUAAGUUCCUUUGGAAAAUGAGAAAUGCAUACAAAUCAGGCCAUAAUUUGGGGAACGGUGACACAUAUAAGAACUUUUUAUUUGCCAGUCAUGCACAUAUUUGUACAGAGUUGAAAAUAGGCUCAGCUGUUGAAUCACUAAGCAGUGAUUUACAGUGAUUAAGUGAUCUAUGAACGAAUUACAUGUAUGAACAACAUGAAUAACACAGUUGUAUUCAAUAACUCAUUUAUACCGAAUUUAAAUGUGAUCUACUGAUCAUUGUAUCAUCUUCAUUGCAUUUGUACACAUGUACAUGUAUGUACUGGACACGCAGUUGUAUAUAGAAUAUAAAAUUAUUAUUAACAUGUACAAUA